AUGCCACAUGUCGAAAUUGUCCGCAAACCCCCAGCAGCCGACGACGAUAGGGCUAACGACAAAUUCCAACUCUCAGCGCUCCCUCAGGAUUCCGACGAUGAAAAGAAGAGCGAGGUCGUGUUUGCUGAUGGUGGGCGUAAAGAUGAGCCAGACUCAAGCGAUGAUGAAGACAAACGUCUCGAGGAUAAGCUUAUAACUUCUCUCAACAAGUUUGGUGUACAGCGUGUAAAUGGCAGAAACCCCAGGACCAAAGUCCCUACAGAUCCACUUGUCAUUCUUUUGAAGCCGAAUUUUGACUGGCGGGAGGCAGCACGGAAAUGUCGUGCAGACGGGAGUGUCGGGGGACUUGGAACGCGCGACAUCAUCAACUCUGACUCCCAGCUGUCAGGCAUCCAGUUCGGCAAUAAAGAAAGAAAUAUGACGGUAGAAGAGUAUGCUCUUGUGAAAGAGACAGAAGACCAAAAAGCCCUUCGUGCGCUGCUGGUUGGGGAUAUGAACUCGGCGCCCCAGAUCGAUUGCAUUCCCGUUCCUCCCAGUGAAACUGAUGCCCUCCAGCAAGACGUUGCUAAUUUUUCGUCGAUGACAUGGGCUGGGUGGACGGCGGGGCUGUUACAAGCUCGAAAAGAGCGAAAAUUAAUGCGCUGGCUGAUGGAGCCUUACCCACCGAAAUCGCGCCCUGCACUCUUGGCAAUUGGGGCAAAGGAACAAGAUGUGCUGUAUGACGGUACUAAGAAACAGAAAUGGCGAGGGGAUGAGAAGCGGUAUAUCCCGCUUGUGAAACAGGAGAGCAGUAGGGAGGAAAGCAGGAAUGAGAGCACGACUGUUUCGAGGAGUACUUUGCGGUCACCUGAGAGAAGGAGGAGCAGUAGGAGGGAUGAUGAUUGUGGGAGGGGAGGAGACAGAGAUUACAGGAGGAGAAGAGACUAG